GACGUUUCAAAGAACACACUCAAGUUGUAAAGCUCGCACGGAACCGAAAUGCGGGGCGUUCUGGUGCUAUGUUUGACCGUAGCGGUCGCGUUUGCGGCGGAUACUGGAAGUCCCACGCCCUUCCAGUUUGUUACGUCGACACCAAGCUAUAACCGUUACUUUGGAAGAUAUUCAACCACUCCCGCUAAUGCCGGUCGCUACGACGGCCGCUAUGACCCUGGUCGCUAUAGUGCCGGGCGAUAUGACCCUGGCAAGUACGACCCCGGUAAAUACGACCCUGGUAAAUACAACCCCGGCAAGUACGAUCAAUCUGGACGCUGGAUUCCUGACGAUUCUGGCAAGUACAAUGGUGACCGCGGGGACCGUGGUGGCGCUGGUGGCUUCUAUGUUCACCAAGGAAGUGAUGGUGGAAAGUACCAGCCUGACAACAACGACUACAACGGCGGUGGAGGCUACACUGGAGCAGCGUACACGACUUCCGCAUACGUUCCUACAACUACUGAAGCGCCGAGACCGACAUCUACCUCGGCUCCCAGUCCCUCUCCUUCUCCCAGUCCUACCCCAAGCCCGAGCCCUGUGCCAGUUUUCGUGCCAACAUACAAGCCCACUCAACAACCCUACGUCGCUCCUUCAAACAGACCUUACGAUGAAACCUACUUGAACAGAUACGACAUUAUCCGUUUGUAUCACGAUUACCUUCCUCCUGGUGGUUACCAUUACCUUCUUGAGACUGAAAACAAAAUCCUCGCCGAACAAGACGGCAAGGUCGAGCAAAUAGACAAAGACAACUAUGGUCCCAGAGUUAAAGGAUUCUACGAGUACCUCGGUCCCGACGGUGUUACUUACAGAGUCGACUACACCGCUGAUGAGUUUGGUUACAAGCCAGUGGGUGUUCAUCUACCUUAAAUGCUCUAGUCACUAAAAUUACAUAAAUAUAUCUAUUUUUUAAGGUUAUUUUAGUGCUGUUUAUUUCUCUGAAGCUUCUUGCAAAAGUCUUAUAUUCCUAGCUUUUUAUUGUUUGCAACAGUGUUGGAAAUAAAGGUUUAUUUAAUUUA